AUGUUCAUCACCUCCAAAGUGAUCGCUGCCCUGAUGGGCGCCUCCAUGGUCAACGCCCACAUGAUCAUGAGUACCCCCACUCCUUACAGCAAAGACAGUCUCAACAACUCGCCUCUGGCAGCAGACGGCAGUGACUUCCCCUGCAAGCUUCGUGACAACGCCUUCGAGGCCCCCUCCACCGAGACAAUCAUCGCCAUCGGCGAGUCCCACCCUCUGUCCUUCGUCGGCAGCGCCACCCACGGUGGUGGUUCCUGCCAGAUCAGUCUGACCACCGACCUAAAGCCCUCCAAGUCCUCCGAGUGGAAGGUCAUCAAGUCCUUCGAGGGCGGCUGCCCCGCCGAUGUCGAUGGCAACAUGUCCGGCGGUCCCGACGUCAUCGAUCCCUACUCUUUCAACUUCACUAUUCCUGACGGCAUCUCCGCUGGCAAAUACACCCUCGCCUGGACCUGGUUCAACCGCAUCGGCAACCGCGAGAUGUACAUGAACUGCGCUCCCAUCACUGUCUCGGGUGGCUCCUCCAAGCGCUCCCCCGAGGAACUCGAGAGACGCGCUGCUAGCUUCCCUCCCAUGUUUGUCGCAAACGUCAAUGGCUGCACUACCCCGGAAAGUGUUGAUAUCCGCUUCCCUCAGCCAGGUGACAUUGUCGAGUAUGACGGUAAACCCGCCAAUCUCGCAAAGGAGGGCUCCGAAGCUUGUACCGGUACUGCUACCUUCGGCGGCUCCGGUAAUACUACCUCGGGUUCUUCUAGCUCUGGCUCAGACUCUGGCUCCAGUUCAUCUGUGCCUGCUUCCCCUGCCUCUUCCUCUGCCCCGGCAGAGACCGCCUCCACCGCACCCGCCUCGGUAUCCGCGGCUCCAGCCCCAGAAGCUACUCCAUCCAGCUCACCCGCUGAGACCGAGCCCGAGCCCACGUCUUCUUCAGCAGCUGCCCCAGCUCCCGUGGCAACCUCUUCGUCCUCCGGCUCUGGAUCCGCCUCCAACUCUAGCUCGGGUGCUCUGACGGGUAGCUGCAGUACCGAGGGCCAGUGGAACUGCAUUUCAGGCACUUCCUUCCAGCGUUGUGCUUCUGGUACCUGGACCAACGCUCAGCAGAUGUCGACUGGCACGCAGUGCAAUGCUGGUCAGAGCGCGGAGCUUGUUGUCACUGCCAGCAAGAAGGCGCGUCAUAUCUCAAGUAUGCGCUUCCGCAACCGUGCUUUCGGUGCUCACCACGCCCAUGCGCUUAGUUAG